CAAGGGCAGUGAAAAAAAUUAUUCAUAAACGCGAAUAAAAUUUUAACGGAAUAAAUUCAAACUUCAUUCAACGUUAAAAAAUCUUUCGUUAAAUUUUUCCGUUUAAAUUUUGAAAUUUAACUUGUAGUCUACUGAUUGUUUACUUACUUCCUAAUUCUUUAAAAGUUUUUUAAACAUACAUAUAAGUUAAGCAAUACUUGAGAUAAAAUGAGUGAACAAGAUAAAGUUUCUGAGUAUACUGCUAAAUGCAAGGAAUUGCAGAAGACUCUUUUAGCAGCGUACAAAGAAUUGACAGAUAACAUUAGCGAAGAUUCAAUUAAACCACUGGCAGAUUGUUUUGAAAGUGAAAUGAAGAAGAAAGUUGAAGGAAGCUUGGUUGAAAAAUUGAGAGCAAAUAUUUACAAUAGAUUAGAAAAAGGAUUUCUUGAGAAUUGGGAUGCUGUUAAUCUUGAUGCCUCUUUUGCCACUCUUAGCAUAUUAAACAAUAUUUAUUAUAAAGAUGACACUGAUAAUAAAUGGCGACCAACUGGAAAAACAGUUGAAGAUCAAGCUAUCCCUUCAGUUUAUAAAGCAACGUUAAAGAAAAAAAUGGUUUUAAAAAGACUUCUAGAUAAUCAAAGAGAAGUUCUUAAUACAUUGGUUCCGAUCAUUGAAGAGAAGCGUAAUAUUCUAAAGGAUUCAAUGGAAAAACGUAAAUCUUUUCUUGCUAAACUGAAUGAAGAUUUGAAAAAUAGCUCAGAGGAAUAUGAAAUUGAUUUGAAGGCAACAGAGAGCAAUUCACAGGAUUCUUGAAUUGUACUCAUAUUACUGUUAAGAUGCCAUUACUUAUAAAAUAAAUGAAUUCAUUUUAUAUUUUAAAGUAA